CACAAAUAACAAACACAGGAAACCCAGAACUCCGACAAAGAUCGCAAAUACAGUUAUAGCAGCAGGACGGCAACGGACCAGUAAGAUGGAGAAUCAGGUCUCUCAUGGUUCCCGUAGUACUCCCUCCAUCCAUCAGAGACAGGAGGCUGCUGGAGGAGGCCUGCUGGACUCGGUGAAGAAAGCAGCCUUCGUCAUUGGAUCUGCACUCUUCUUCCUGGUUGCAUUUCGAAACUCAGUAACAUGGCAUCUGCAGAGGUUCUGGGGAGCAUCAGGGGACUUCUGGCAGACCCAGUGGACCAGAAUGCGUGUCCUGUUUGAUGGGAAUGAAGCCGCCUUGUUCUUUAUUGGGACGAUGAUUGUGCCUACUGUCUCGUUUUGGGUGUUCAACGCUUUUCUGAUGGUGGUUGACAGUACGGGGAGGCCCAGUUUCAUUGCUCGUUACAGAAUCCAGCAGGAGAAGAAUAAUCCGGUGGAUCCCGUGAGAUUGCGCCAGGCUCUGAGGACCGUGAUCUUUAACCAGGUGUUCUUGUCUGGGCCGCUGGUCGUGCUGACCUACAUGGUGAUGUCUUGGCGUGGGAGCCCCUGUGCACACGAACUGCCCACCUUCCACUGGGUCCUGGCUGAGCUGGCCAUCUGUGGUCUGCUGGAGGAGAUUCUCUUCUAUUACUCCCACAGGCUCUUUCAUCACCCUGCCAUUUAUAAGCACAUCCAUAAGAUCCACCAUGAAUGGACUGCCCCCAUUGGAGUAGUGUCUCUCUACUCUCACCCAGUGGAGCAUGUGCUCUCUAAUAUGCUCCCAGCGCUGAUUGGUCCGGUUCUUCUGGGCUCUCACCUGGCCACCACUACCCUGUGGUUCACCAUCGCUCUACUGGUGACGACUGUGUCCCACUGUGGCUACCACCUGCCCCUGCUGCCCUCCCCAGAGUUCCAUGACUUCCACCACCUCAAGUUUAACCAAUGCUACGGAGUUCUGGGUGUGUUGGACCGACUGCACGGGACUGACGACAAGUUUCGGAAGACGAAAGCGUAUGAGCGCCACACCCUGCUGCUCAGCCUCACGCCGCUGACUGAGAGUAUUCCAGACGAGCCCAAGAAAACCCAGUAAUGAAUUCUGACUUCUGGAAAACCUCAGGAGAUUGAUGUGCUCUGUCUAUCUGCCUCUGUUGGGUUAAUGCUAGAUGUUCAUCAUAGAGAGAUGAUCUGAACUAAGGUAAUCAUGAUAGCUGAACUGGUGUACAGUGGCUAUGCUAAACUCUGAAGUGUUUCCUUCUGUAAAUCAAACAGCGCAGGUGAAGCUCUCCCGCUAGUUCACAAGUUUAUCCUGUGGGAAAACUUCCUACCUUUCACUGUUUGUGUAAUUGUUCCGCACAAUACGGUAGCACUGUUUUUUCAACUAUAAGCUGUAUUUCUGAGUGUAUAAUUCCAAGAGACAGCACUACUGGACCAAGACCUUUUAACUGUUUUAUUAUGCAUUUAAAAUGUGUAGAGAUAUCCUCAGACAGAGAGCUGUGGAGAGAGAUUAUGAAGAUGUCUCUGGACUGAACAGUGUUGUAGUGUAAAACACGAUAAGAAACUGGAAUAAUUUACAUUUCUUUUUAGUCUGAGUGGAUGGAUGAAUGUCAGUAUAAUUCUCAUGUAAUUUGCUGAAUAAAUAAUAGGUAUUAUAAUGA